GUCAUUUGCCCCAUCUCAAUGAAGACAUUUCUGAUGGAAAAAUUGAUGUUUUUGCAAUAGACAAGAAUAACAUUUCAGCAUUAUGCCCACAACCAAAGCAUGUAUUUCAGUGGUCCAAACUCAACGUUUCCUUACUGUAGCCUAAUUCACAAUCAUGCCUCCGAGUCCGAGAUCAGUUUGGGAGUGUAAACCUCUCUUUCUAGCUGUCUGACAGCUUCUUCUACUGCGUUGUUUAGAGGGGAGGCGCUUCAAUCUACCACCUAGGUUUUUGCUUCAGUAUCGAAUGUUUUCCUGCGCGACACCGUUGCUGCGCGACACCGUUGGAGAGCUGGCGGAAAAAAUUUCAUUCGCAUGGAGUUCUCUCUUUGCUCACUUUGACAUUUUAGUGAUAUUGUUACAUAAUUAUUCAUUAAUAUUCUAUUUUAUUUCCCACAAGGCUACGACUGUGUGAAUUCUCUGCUUUACCUAAUGUUCAGAGUUUUAAUCAUCUGCAACCGCAUGCCUGGAGUGGUGUGUUAGCAACGCGCUUGGAAAAUCACCGCCUCAGGCAAAGUAAAGUGGUUUGGUGAAUCUCCUGCUGUCUGAUUCUGCUGUUCCAACAUGACCUCAGGCUGCUGAAGACAUUUCUGUUAUUCAUCCUCCUGCUCUCUCUGUACCACUCUCCUGUCACUCUUACUCUAUUCUCCAAUGGGUUCUCGCAGUCAAGGCAGCUUUUUCCACCACCACCACCACCACCACAGCUCGGUGGUGCCUACGGCCGUGCCAAGGCUUCUCACAGAGAACAGCAGUCUGCUAGGGGGCAUCGCCCAGAUCACCCCCAACCUCUUCCUGAGCCGGGGCAAUGUGGCGUCCAACCGCAGCCUACUGCUGUCCAAGGGCAUCACCUGCGUGGUCAACGCCACUAUCGAGCUGCCCAACUUCAACUGGCCCCACGUGGAGUAUGUAAAGGUACCACUGGCGGACAUGCCCCACUCCCCCCUCUCCCUGUACUUUGACAGCAUAGCUGAUAAGAUCCACAGUGUGGGGAGAAAGCGGGGGGCCGUGCUGGUGCAUUGUGCUGCAGGGGUGAGCCGCUCAGCCUCCCUGUGCCUGGCCUACCUGAUGAAGUACCACCGUGUUUCUCUGGCCGAGGCCCACGCUUGGGUCAAGUCCCGCCGGCCAGUCAUCCGGCCCAACGGGGGAUUCUGGCGUCAGCUCAUCGACUACGAGAGGAAGCUGUUUGGCAGGAACUCUGUGAAAAUGGUACAGACACCCUACGGGCUGAUACCUGACGUCUACGAGCGGGAGCGCAGGAAUCUGGCACCCUACUGGGGCCUGUAGAGGAGGGCUGGGGCCUCGCCAAUUGGGAGGGAAGGAGACGGAGAUUAGAGUGAGCAGGGCGGAUGACCGACUCUGUUGCAUCCCAGUCCUUCUCCCCUCCAGUCCUCCAGGGCUGCCAGCUCAUGCAUGUUCCCCCAGCCAGAGAUGCAGAGUGAUAUGAAGCGUGUGACUGUCUGUCUAUGUGAAGCUUAAUUAAUUGGGAUGGAGGGAGUCUUAGUAAUCAGUCACUACACUGCAGACUGGUUACUGGUGGGUGAUGCUACACUACACUGCAUCAACCCCCGUCUGUCUGUCUCUGAGAGGGAGCAAGUCUAGAAUCCUCAGGACCAAAGCAGUAACAGAACCACGACCAAGCCAGACCCCAGAUCAGCUGAAAUGGCCAGACCCAGACUGUGACUUUGGAGUCUAGCUUGACUCCCCAGACUCCAAAGAACAGGAGCAUUCUGGGAAGGUGUAGGUGGUGCUUUAGACUCAGCAAUUCUGACAGGCAGCGGUGUGACUCACUGAAGUCCAGUCCCGACGUAAAGUCAUGUGAUAGUUUUGUGCCAGUUUUGCUGUUGUCUUUAAUGUGAGAACUAGCAGCAGUCCUGUUCUCAGUUUAAAACUGUACAGAAAUGUUUUGACAAAUUGAAUUAUGCUCUUGGGAGAUAUUUGAAAUCAAGAAAAGAAAAUAUAUGGUGCCCAAUGAAUAUUUAAAGCUGUUAGUGUAUACACAUUUUUAAUCAAGACAUCUAAGGUUUAGUGUGUACACUUAAAGGUCCCUAUUUACUAUGGGGAUGAUAUUGCAGAAUAUACUGUACUGGUACUAAUAUUGUACAAUAUUAUGCUGUUUUAGAAUGUCACCACCCUUUGUUAAGAGGAAGACAGUACUGUGUUAGGGGCUUGGGAGAAACACUUUCUAUUUCCCUCUUUUUGCCAGAUAUUGAUGUUUAAGUGAAAAGAGGUUCUAGAAAGAAUACAACCAGAUAGUCCUGGGCUUAACUGGUGUACUGUCAUUGAUAAACCUUUCUCUUUUUUGGGGUUUGGAAGAAGUCUAUACUCUAUACACGCAAAGCUUUUAAAUAAAAUACUAAUAUUACUGUAGCAAGUGAACAAUGCCCUUGUCACAGGCGUAACCAGAAAGCAGCGUUUACAUGAAUUUAGUGCUCUAUUCAAUCUAUCACUGAAGCGUUACAGAUUGUGCAAUAGAAAUAUAAAGGUAAUUUCCGAUUAUGCAGCGUUUACCGUGAAUGCAGUCUCUGCGAACAUUGCCUUAAAAUUUGUAUUACGCUGUAACUCUGAAAUUCCGCGAUACGGAUUGAAUAGAGCCCUUAGUUUCAUACCCUAAGGCAUUGAAUGAUUAACAAGCUAAUGUAACUGUUUGUGUUCGAAAUUUAUGACAAAAUGAAAUAAAUUACUGAUAUGCA